CGCCCCGCACUCUGCCUCCAUCCCAUCCCUUUCCCCCUGCCGUCUCUCGCGCCUUCUAGCCCGGAGCUGUGUGGCCAUGGGCAUCAGAGGGAUGCUGCGAGCCGCCGUGCUCCUGCUACUCAUCAGGACCUGGCUCGCGGAGGGCCACGACCCCAGUCCUACCCCAAAAUUCCACUUCGAGCUCUCCUCUACCGUGCCCGAAGUCGUCCUGAGCCUCUUCAACUGCAAAAAUUGUGCAAAUGAAGCUGUGGUUCGCAAGAUUUUGGACAGGGUGCUGUCGAAAUACGAUGUCCGUCUGAGGCCAAAUUUUGGAGGUGCCCCUGUGCCCGUGGGAAUAUCUAUGUAUGUCUCCAGUAUUGAGCAGAUCUCAGAAAUGACUAUGGACUAUACGAUCACAAUGUUUUUUCAUCAAACCUGGAAAGAUCCACGUUUAGCAUACCAUGAGACCAACCUGAACUUGACCCUGGACUAUCGGAUGCUGGAGAAGUUGUGGGUCCCUGACUGCUACUUUCUAAAUAGCAAGGAUGCUUUUGUGCAUGACGUAACUGUGGAAAAUCGCGUGUUUCAGCUUCACCCAGAUGGAACAGUGCGGUAUGGCAUGCGACUUACCACCACGGCAGCUUGUUCCCUGGAUCUGCAAAAAUUCCCUCUGGACAAGCAGACCUGCAAGCUGGAAGUGGAGAGCUAUGGCUACACGGUUGAAGACAUUGUGUUAUACUGGGAAGGCGAUGGGAAUGCCAUCCAGGGGACUGAGCAGCUGCACAUUCCUCAGUUCAGCUUCCUGGGAAAGACGAUGUCCAGCAAAGAGGUGGUUUUCUACACAGGUUCCUAUGUGCGCCUGAUACUGAGGUUCCUGGUCCAGAGGGAAGUCACCAGCUACCUUGUGCAGAUCUAUUGGCCUACUGUUCUCACCACUGUUGUCUCUUGGAUAUCGUUUUGGAUGAACUACGAAUCUUCUGCAGCCAGGGUGACAGUUGGUCUGACGUCGAUGCUCAUCCUGAACACCAUCAACUCACAUCUGUGGGAUAAACUCCCCCAAGUGGCCUGUAUUAAGGCCAUCGACAUCUAUAUGGUUGUAUGCUUCUUCUUCGUGUUCCUGUCCUUGCUGGAGUAUGUCUCCAUCAAUUUUCUUUUCUACAGCCGAGGAGGAUCCAGGCGCAACCAAAGGCGACACAGGAGAGCCCGAAGAGUCAUGGCCCGCUACCGCUACCAGGAAGUGAUGCUGCAGCCCUUUGCGCGCCGGAGAUGCCGGGAAGAGAUGAUUCUGUCAGUGGAAAAGAUCACCAGUCACAUUGCGAGUGCUGACGAGGAAAGCCCUCUCCCUCUUCCUCCCUCCCCACCACCGGUGCUUAUUCAUGUAGGAUAUGACCCUCCCGAAGUCAGAAGUCUAUCUACCAUCUCCCUGAAGGGUGACCAGAUUAGCAUAGAAGACGAAAGUGGCUCUCUUUCCUCCAGACCGGUGCAGGCCUGCCUGGCAAGCCUAGAAAGCCUCAGCUCUUUGAUCUCCAUCCCAGGGCAGGCCCCAUUGGCCACCUCAGAAAGCCUUAGCUCACUUUCUUCUCUCUCGGAGCAGGCCUGGACGGGCUCUAGGGAAAGCCUGAGUGAUCUCCCCUCCACCUCAGAGCAGGCCCUGCACAGCUAUGGCUUUCACUUUAGUGGUUCUGAGACUGAUGACCGUUUUAUUUGUCCUGAAAUCCACAACCGUGCUGACGCCCACGGCCAUGCUGAUACCCGUGACCCAGAAGAUCCCAAAGAGAACUUGAGCUUGGAUGAAAGUCAUGGCCAUGGCCCUAGGGGGAGGCAUCUGCUUGUCUAUGGCCACAGGUGUGUGCAGGAAGCAAGCUACAGCCUUGAGGAGAUCCGUAGCAACCUUGAGGAGAUCCGUAGCAACCUUGAGGAGAUCCGUAGCUUGCCUGAUGACAUCAGAGUUGAGAGCGGCUACCUUGACCUUGAGAAGCAACUUAGGCGUGAUCUUGAUAGUACCUGGAGCCUUAAUGUUGAUGGGUUCCCAGGCUUUGACCAAGACAAGGACAGUAACUCAGAGUCUGAUGACAGUCGCCCCCCAAGUCCUAGGUGCUCCUUCAGCGAAGCGUUCUCCUCCAAGCUCUUUGACCCUGACUAUGUCCCUCAGGUCGACAAGUGGUCCCGGAUCCUCUUCCCUCUUGCCUUUGUGGUGUUCAACAUUGUCUACUGGGCAUAUCAUAUCUAUUAGUCCCAUGGUGCCCCUUUCAAGGUUCCUCCUGAUUCCAUUUUGCCUUCUUUUCUUGGUUCACUUUAUUUUGUGAUUAUUUGGAC